AUGAUACUUUCAUAAAAUGGCUUGGUGGAUUCGAUACCUGCCUUUGCUUAUUUUGUCAUUAACUGUAGUAGACAGCCAGUUAGAGGUCACCAUCAGAACCGGAACAAUACGAGGUUUCAACAAAACAGUGAACGGGACAUCUGUGAACGAAUUUUUAGGUAUUCCCUUUGCCAAGCCUCCAGUUGGGAACCUUAGGUUUGCAAAGCCCCAGCCUGCGAGCCGCUGGGCAGGGGUGAAGGACGCCACGGCGUAUGGUCCAGCUUGCAUGCAGAGACCCAACCCUUUUGGAUUUCCUAAUCCGAAAAACAUAUCUGAAGAUUGCCUGACACUCAACGUGUUUGUUCCCGAUACCCCUGGCAUCAAAGCUGUAAUGGUCUGGAUUCAUGGCGGAGGCUACUUCACUGGUGGAAGUUUUCAUUAUGAUUUCACCGAAUUCGCUGCAAGAGGUGACAUCAUAGUUGUAUCAGUGAAUUAUCGCCUGGGACCAUUUGGUUUCCUGAAUAUAGAUGGCGCUAAUGCACCUGGAAAUCUGGGACUGGUAACUAUAUUCGGAGAGUCUGCCGGGGCUAGCAGUGAUCCUGCAGGAUCAUUUGAAGGGGAGUCCGCGGAUGCUGCUGGAAACUUGCUGCCAUUAUUUUUGGACAGCAACUUCGUCAGGAACGCUGAUGAGAUGGCUUUGUUGCUUCGAUACUCGACUUUGCUCAUUUUGUCAGUAACUGUAGUGGACAGCCAGAUAGAGGUCAACAUCACAACCGGUACAAUACGAGGUUUCAACAAAACAGUGAACGGGACAACUGUGAACGAAUUUUUAGGUAUUCCCUUUGCCAAUCCGCCAGUUGGGAGCCUUAGAUUUGCAAAGCCCCAGCCUGCGAGCCGCUGGGCAGGGGUGAAGGACGCCACGGCUUAUGGCCCAGCUUGCAUGCAGAGACCCAACCCUUUUGGAUUUCCUAAUCCGAAGAAAAUAUCUGAAGAUUGCCUGACACUCAACGUGUUUGUUCCUGAUACCCCUGGCGUCAAAGCUGUGAUGUUCUGGAUUCAUGGCGGAGGCUAUUUCACUGGCGGAAGUUUUCAUUAUGAUUUCACCGAAUUUGCUGCAAGAGGCGACAUCAUCGUUGUAUCAGUAAAUUAUCGCCUGGGACCAUUUGGUUUCCUGAGUAUAGAUGGCGCUGAUGCACCUGGAAAUCUGGGACUGUGGGAUCAGAUCGAGGGCCUGAAAUGGGUACAAGCCAACAUUGGAGCCUUUGGUGGUGACCCUAAAAACGUUACUAUAUUCGGAGAAUCUGCCGGGGGUAGCAGUGUCUCUCAGCUUGCUCUUACCACAAAAGCUAAAGGCCUGUUUCAGCGUUUCAUUCUUCAGAGUGGGUCCUCCUGGGCAGAUUGGGCGUGGUCGACGGAAAAAGCUGAAACACUUUCUUUAAGAAUUGGCGAUAUUAUAGGCUGCCACGCUGGGCCAACAGAGAGGCCAAAACUCCUCGACUGUCUGCGGGAAACAACAGCUGAACGAUUCCUAGACGCGAGCAUCGUUGCCACCAUAGGUGUCUCUGGGGCCCUUCAUUAUAGCGCCGAGGUCGAUGGCGAUAUGUUCCCAGAAUCCGUAUCAGACAUGUUUAAAAAACCCGAUUCAGAAGUGAUCCGGCACUUUCGUUCUCUGGACUGUUUGGCAGGUUUCAAUGACGGAGAUGGGGCGAUAUUGACCCAUGACAUCGAUAACGGGAUCACCCCUGCAGAGUUACGAGACAAGUUCAUUCCUGAUGUGGCAAAACAAGUCGCUCCUGGCCACGAAGCCGAGAUUGAGAACGUUCUGGUGAAGGAAUACUACAACAGCACAGCCAAUCGGUAUGACACUGCUAACUGUUACGUCGACAUCAUGACGGACUGGGCGUUAGCAGGACCGGUGGCAAUUCUGACAACUAAACACGUAUCACCAGGUGGUGGCUCUACAUAUAUGUACUACCUCACAAAGGUACCUUCAUAUGGCUAUGUUUUGAAAUUACCUCCUUGGUUCGAUCGGUCAAACCACGCAGACGACCUUUCGUACCUCCUCGGUCCAGAUCACCCCACAAUGUUUGAUGACGGCGUCGAGUUUGAUGACGGAGACAAAAGAAUUUCUUACGAAAUGAUGAAGUAUUGGGCGAACUUUGCGAAAACAGGGAAUCCCAAUAUACCAGACCCACCGUCCGAAAACUGGCCACAAUAUACAUCAACCGGGAAAGAAUACAUCGAGUUAGGUGACGUCACCAAGUAUGCUUCUGACGUCAUUCCCAGUCGAUGGACUCUGUGGGUGACCACCAUUCCGGAGAUCCAGGCCUCUCCCGUCUCUGCAGCUGGCGGCAUUCAUCCCACAUUCUACGUCAUUGUGGCGGGUAUAAUGCGGGCCUUUAUAACACGUCCCUAAAGAAACAUAUAGAAAAGGUUCAG